CGGGUUUUAAUUAUCGUUUGAACUUCCGGUUUCCAGAGAAAUGUUGUUUACUUUUAUUUUACCUCAAACAAGGAUAAAUUUAGACAAUUUAGACAAAUAAAUAUAUAAAAUCGGUUUCAUAAAGGUUUUUAAUAUUUUCAGGUCUCAAAUGAUUCAAAACAUGGAUGCAGUUACUUGAGAACAAUCGAAGAAGAAAAUAACUACCGGGAAUGCAUCUCUGGAAUCAUCGAACUACUUUGAAUAUAAACAGUUAAGCGAAAUGUUAUUGUAAGAAUCAUAGACAUGUCAGCUCAGCGGACAUCUAGAACCUUGCUAUUGUUGACGCUGGUGCUUCAGAUUCUCCCGGGGAAUUUUGUCACAAAUCAGCAAGAUGACUCUGAACUCCAUUUUCUACCCUUGUCAUGCAACCAAACCACAAAUGAGCAGGUGAAGGUAGACUUCUCCUCAGAAAUAGUGGAUCAUGAGUACAUAGUCACAUUCAAUGGGUACUAUCAGCGAGAUACGAGAGAGAGAUAUCUGACUGCAGCUCUUAGAGAUUUCAAUGCAUCAUGGUCAGUGGUGGACAGACAUAAUCCCGCCUUUGACUAUCCUAGUGACUUUGAUGUACUGCAGGUCUCUACAGAAGCUCUUACAAACCUGGAUAUUCUCAAGCAUCAUCCUGUCAUCAAGGAUGUCACACCACAUAAGAAAGUCACCAGGACUCUAAAAUUCAUUGACGAUACAUUGACAGAAGAUGUGGACCAGCCUUAUGACACGCUAUCAUCUAUCAGCAAGUCCAGAAACAGGAAAAGUCUCUCUCUGGCGACGGCGUACUGGCAUUCUCCCGCCAGAAAAUCCAGGAACUUGCUCAGAGCUAUCCCCAAACAGAUAACAAGUGCUUUACAAGCAGAGAUUCUUUGGAACAUGGGCUAUAAAGGCUCCGGUGUACGGGUUGCAGUAUUUGACACAGGUCUGGCAGAGGAUCACCCACACUUCAAGCCCGGGCGUAUCAAGGACAGGACAAACUGGACCCAUGAGAAAACACUUGACGAUGGUUUAGGACAUGGGACAUUUGUGGCGGGAGUGAUAGCCAGUCACAAGGAAUGCCUGGGCUUUGCCCCUGAUGCUGAUGUCUAUGUGUUCAGGGUGUUCACGAAUAACCAGGUCUCCUAUACCUCCUGGUUCCUAGAUGCCUUCAACUACGCCAUCAUGAAGAAGAUCAACGUGUUAAACCUGAGUAUCGGAGGCCCUGACUUCAUGGACCAUCCGUUUGUGGACAAGGUGUGGGAACUGACCGCUAACAAGGUCAUCCUCGUGUCCGCAAUCGGCAAUGAUGGGCCUCUUUAUGGUACCCUUAACAACCCGGCAGACCAGAUGGAUGUGAUUGGUGUUGGGGGAAUCAACUUUGACAAUCAGAUUGCCAAGUUCUCUUCCCGUGGGAUGACAACUUGGGAGCUACCUGGAGGGUACGGGAGAAUGAAACCCGACAUUGUCACACAUGGGUCUACUGUCAGGGGAUCAGCUCUUAAGGGUGGCUGUAGGUCCCUAUCUGGUACCAGCGUGGCAUCACCAGUUGUGGCGGGAGCUGUUACUCUGCUCUUAAGCUCAGUGUUGGAUCGUUUUGAUGUAAUCAACCCCGCUAGCAUGAAGCAGGCCCUGAUAGCUUCAGCUCGCCGCCUGCCGGACUCGAAUGUUAACAUGUUUGAACAGGGACAUGGGAAACUGGACCUGGUCAGAGCCUACCAGACACUGAGAACAUACAAACCACAGGCUAGUCUAAGCCCGAGCUAUAUAGACCUGACAGAGUGCCCCUACAUGUGGCCCUACUGCUCGCAGCCCAUCUACUAUGGAGCUAUGCCCAUCAUUGUUAACAUCACCAUUCUCAAUGGCAUGGGGGUCUCCGGCAAGAUUGUAGGCAAGCCUCAGUGGGAGCCGUACCAACCACAGCACGGGUCAUACGUGGAUGUGGCUUUCUCCUACUCACGCACAUUAUGGCCCUGGUCUGGCUACAUCGCUGUGUCAAUUGCAGUAGACAAGAUGGCUGCCAAGUGGGAGGGUGUGGCUCAGGGUCAAGUGUCUCUCACUGUGGAGUCACCUCCAGAGGGUGAUGAAACUGAAGCCAGAGUUUCCCAUUUGAAGUUGCCCAUCAGGGUCAAGAUCAUUCCCACACCACCUAGAAGUCAACGAAUACUAUGGGAUCAGUACCACAAUCUGCGAUACCCCCCUGGCUACUUCCCGAGAGACAAUCUACGCAUGAAAAAUGACCCUCUUGACUGGAAUGGUGACCAUAUACACACUAACUUCAAGGACAUGUACCAACACCUCAGAGAGGCCGGGUACUUUGUAGAGGUCCUGGGAGCACCUUUCACAUGCUUUGAUGCCAGCCAUUACAGCACUUUACUAAUGGUGGAUUCAGAAGAAGAGUACUUUCCUGAGGAAGUGAGCAAGUUACAGCGCGAUAUUGACUCCGGUCUCUCCCUCAUUGUAAUCGCAGACUGGUAUAACGUCUCAGUGAUGAAAAAGGUCCGCUUCUAUGAUGAAAAUACCAGACAGUGGUGGAUGCCAGACACCGGGGGAGCGAACAUUCCAGCCCUCAACGAUCUCAUAGCGCCCCUGGGUAUGGCCUUCAGUGAUAGCGUCUACGAAGGGGAGUUCAUGCUCGGCGAACACGACAUGCAAUAUGCCUCAGGGACAAGCAUUGCCAAGUUUCCUAAGGAAGGUGUAAUUGUGACAAAACCAUUAAAGGAUCAAGGUCAUGAGGUAGUGAGUGGGGAUACUCUUAAUGCCCAGGAUGUGCCGGUCCUGGGUCUACACCAGACUCCAGGGGGUGGGGGCAGGGUGGCCCUGUAUGGUGACUCUAACUGCCUUGAUAACAGCCAUAUGAAGAAAGACUGUUUCUGGCUGUUGAGUGCUCUGCUGGAGUACACUAGCCACAACAUGCUGGCUCCCGUAUUCGAAGACCAGGAGUUAGUAACUCUGCCACCCAUAAAACAGCUACCUGAGAGAAUGGAAGGUAACCACCUUCAUCGGUACUCUAAGGUGAUAGAAGGUCACAUGGGCACUCCUCGGGCACGCCCCCUGCCCCCUUGUCCCAGCCUGGUGUGGGCAAAGCCCAACCCCCUCAAUAUCACCGCACCAUCAAACUUGUAUCAACCUCAGAAGCUUCUUUCUGUCAACAACUUUGACAUCAACCAUGUGCCGUUACUCUCCCUUCCUCAAGAGAAUAUGGCUGACAUGGAGAGUGAAAUGAAAGAAUUGCCUGUCAAAGAGCCAGAGGAGAGUGAAAGUAGACACUCGCACAAGCAUGAGGUGGACAGGAAUACAUUCUUUCCAGCUUUAGCGUUUCUGGGAACUGCCUUGGUGAUACUGUUCAUGCUCAAUCAGUAUUACAAACGGCGAUCAAAACCAAGGAGAAAACGACCUCGGGCUCAAAAGUACAGCAAUUUGAUGUAUGGAAGAACUUACAAAUCCCCAUCAGUAUGAGUGUCACCUUAAUAAUGUAACUUGUAAAUUGAUUGCUGUGAUAUUUUAAGAGAAGACGUUUGUAAAUUAUUUACUAGCAGUAAAAAGGAAAUGUGCUUGAUAAAGUUUACAUCGAAAUACAAUCCAAAGAUGCCUCAGUAAGUAAACACAGACACGAUGAUAUUGAACUGUAUUGAAUCCCAUAUCCAUUGUCAAGUUUUGACUGCCUCUGUUUUGCUUAUUAAUUCUACAGUCCACCUAAAAUACUCAGAUUUUACUCUGUGAUCAGGUGUUCUAGAGUUGGGAUUUAUUUUGAAAUCAGGGGUUGUAGAGGUUGGAUAAAUUCUGAAAUCAGGGGUUCUAGACUUGGGGAUUAACUCUGAAAUCAGGGGUUCUAGAGGUUGGAUAAAUUCUGAAAUCAGGGGUUCUAGAGGUUGGAUAAAUUCUGAAAUCAGGGGUUCUAGAGGUUGGAUAAAUUCUGAAAUCAGGGAUUCUAGAGGUUGGAUAAAUUCUGAAAUCAGGGGUUAUAAGAGUUUGGGAUUUAUUCUGAAUCAGGGGUUCUAGACUUUAGGAUUAAUUCUGUAAUCAGCGGUUCUAGAGUUGGAAUUAAUUCUGAAAUGAGGGGUUCUAGAGUUGGGGAAAUUCUGAAAUCAGGGGUUCUAGAGUUAGGGAUUAAUUCUGAAAUGAGCGGUUCUAGAGUUGGGGAUUCAAUCUGAAAUGAGGGGUUCUAGAGUUGGGAUUAAUUCUGAAAUGAGGGGUUCUAGAGUUGGGAUUAAUUCUGAAAUCAGGGGUUGUAGAGGUUGGAUAAAUUCUGAAAUCAGGGGUUCUAGACUUGGGGAUUAACUCUGAAAUCAGGGGUUCUAGAGGUUGGAUAAUUUCUGAAAUCAGGGGUUCUAGAGGUUGGAUAAAUUCUGAAAUCAGGGGUUCUAGAGGUUUGAUAAAUUCUGAAAUCAGGGGUUAUAAGAGUUUGGGAUUUAUUCUGAAUCAGGGGUUCUAGACUUUAGGAUUAAUUCUGUAAUCAGCGGUUCUAGAGUUGGGAUUAAUUCUGAAAUCAGGGGUUCUAGAGUUGGGGAUACAAUCUGAAAUGAGGGGUUCUAGAGUUGGGGAUUAAUUCUGAAAAAUGAGGGGUUCUAGAGUUGGGAUUAAUUCUGAAAUCAGGGGUUCUAGAGUUUGGAAUUAACUCUGUAAUCGGGGUUCUAGGGCUGGGAUUAAUUCUGAAGCCAGGAUAGAGAUUUUAACUUUUGACUAUUGUACAGUUGUAAUGAUUGCUUUUCCCUCAUAUAUUUGCAUCAAAUUCAAAAAUGGAUGGAAGUUCCUUGAAAAAUAUUUAGAUGACUUUGGAAACAAUUUCAAAAGAUGACUGAGUCGGUUUCCCCUGCUUUGGGCUACAACCCUCAUAUCCAAACAGAGCUGAAGCUAUUUUCAGGAUUGACAAUUAUCAGCUGUUAGAAGACUUGCUAAAUUGAAGUUAGAUCUAAGGAUUGUUAUUGACUACAUCCCCUGGUCAAUUGUUUUAGUUUGGUAUGUUUGUGAAUCCAAGGUAACAUUUUACUGCUAGUAGGGUGAAUCACACAACCAUGAAAUUAUAAAUAUAAUCACUUUUUACUCCAAAAAUUGUCAUAAGGUGCAAUAUUUGUUAUCUUUUGCUGAUUGAGAGUCAGAUAUAUUUAGGAUAAUGUGAAAAUAUAAUGUAGGAUAUUGAGAAAAAAUAUUGCUCGAAUGUUAAUAUUAUUAUUGUUCGAGUCUUCAUUAACUUUCUCACAAACAAAAAUAAAUAUUGAAAAAUUAUACAGCUAAAUUUUUAUCAUCAAAUAUGUAUAUAUGAUUUUUAUAAUAUUUAUGUAUUGAUUUAAUUGUUUUUUUUAUCUUUCACUUUUGUACUUAUUUAUUUAUUUUCCUUAAGAGAUGAUUGUCAUGUCAUAUGGUGAAUGUAUUAAUUAUAUUCUAUUUUCUUACACCAUAUUAGAGUUAGUAUUUGAAAUAACAUUGAUGACAAAAGUAUGUUAGUGACAUGGUAAUGCUACCUAUACAGGUUUAGAGAAUGUCUUUACCAUGACAUGAGAGUGAAAGUAAAUGAUUUCUAGAUUUUGCUGGUUUUGUACAGUUAUAUUGUUUGUGUUGUUGUUUUGAAGUCAGGAUAGUUGAUAACAUGAGCCAUUACCAGGGUACACAGUGAUUUGUAAAUGAUAUCUGAGAGGCAAAUUUCAGAGCUCCAGGUAAGAUGUUUGGGCAUUGAAUACAUCAUAUAUUUCCUCAGCCCCAUGUGCAAUUUCAAUGUUUGCUAAAGUUCAGUUCACAUAUUUACUUUUGCGAAAUAAUGAAACUAUGGCACUAAAAUAAUUUCAGUGCCAACUGAAAUAUUUAUUUAUUAUACUAUACUUGGAAGUACAGGCUUCUCUCUGCUUUAAUUUACAUACUUUCCUGCUGAUAAGCAUGCCAAGUAAACAACAGGCUGUCCGAAAAGUGCAGUGCUAGCGCACUCGCUUCUCACCAUGCAACCCGGGUUCAAUUCCCAGCCUGGGUGUAUGUGUGUUUGUUGAGUGGUCACGAAGCCGGACAAGUGGAGUUUUCUCUGGGUACUUUUCCCCACAACACAAGACAACACUCCCGUCAACAUCCACCUUAUCUGGAGCUCUGGAUGUCCAUUUUUCUCUGUGUUUAUUUCACCUUAUUUUGUUAUCUUACUGACAGUAACAAUACUUUCUCCAGU